GCCUUCGACCUCUUCGACACCGACGGCUCCGGAGAAAUCGACUCCAAGGAGCUCAAGGUGGCCAUGCGUGCCCUGGGGUUCGAACCAAAGAAAGAGGAAAUCCAGAAGAUGAUCUCCGAUGUGGAUGAUGACGGCUCAGGAACCAUCGGCUAUGAGGAGUUCCUGAAGAUGAUGACCCACAAGAUCUUGAAUCGUGACCCGAAGGACGAGAUUCUCAAGGCCUUCCGCCUCUUCGACGAUGACGAGACGGGCAAGAUCUCUUUCAAGAAUCUCAAGCGGGUGGCCAAGGAGCUCGGGGAGCGAAUGACCGACGAGGAGCUGCAGGAGAUGAUCGACGAGGCCGAUCGUGACGGCGACGGCGAAGUCAACGAG